CGGUUCCGUUACAUUGGUGCAGUUGGGGUCGGUUCCGUUACAUUGGUGCAGUCGGGGUUCGGUUCUGUUACAUUGGUGCAGUCGGGGUUCGGUUCCGUUACAUUGGUGCAGUCUGGGUCGGUUCCGUUACAUUGGUGCAGUUGGGGUCGGUUCCGUUACAUUUGUGCGGUCUGGGUCCGGUUCCGUUACAUUGGUGCAGUUGGGGUCGGUUCCGUUACAUUGGUGCAGUCGGGGUCGGUUCCGUUACAUUGGUGCCGUCGGGGUCGGUUCCGUUACAUUGGUGCAGUCGGGGUCGGUUCCGUUACAUUGGUGCAGUCGGGGGUCGGUUCCGUUACAUUGGUGCAGUCGGGGUCGGUUCCGUUACAUUGGUGCGGUCUGGGUCCGGUUCCGUUACAUUGG